CUCUCCCUGUCUCCACCCCCGUGAGGGCGUGCGUGAAGUGGAGUUAACCGGGGGAAAAAAUGGACGUCGUCACAAACGCAGCAGGCAGGCACCACCACCCCCACAGCGCCCCUCGCCCCGCCUCGCCUGUCGCCACCAGCACACGGCAGGCACAGGCACACCACCGCCUCUGAACCCGAGAAAACCCCUACUACUACAUGACUCUCGCCACCCUACUACCCGCUAAUCCCAACCAGCUGACAGAGUUGUCCUUGGUGUAGUUUUCCAGCGAGCGCAAGGCGGGAGCGAGCGAGCCAGCGAGCUCGAUCCGUCGCCCGCCAUGGUCUCGUCUCCCUCGCCCUCCUCUCCCUUCCCCGCCGCAGUAUCCGACGCGAGGCGGGCCGGUGGCAGGACGACGGCCAUGGAGGUGGACGAGAAGUACGCGCACGUCGCGACGCCACUCCACAGCCACCGCGGGGGUGCCAAGAAGACGCCGCGGCGAGCGAAGAGCGACGGGGGCGCCGCGGAUUCCGCGGCGUACGUCGCGGCGGUGUCCUGCUCUGACUGCCGCUUCAAGCAGCGCCUCCACGCGCCGGCGUCGCCUGGCCCUGGGGCGGUCAUCCGCUCGCUGUUCGUGUCACUCACCCGCCGAUCCACGCCGCGCUCGUCGCCGUCGCCGACGUCGGCGUCUGGAGGGGACGGAGGGGAGAGCGAGCAGUGGCGCCUAGCCGCGUCCGACCUCUCACGGCGGCUCGCGGCGGCGACACGCACGCGGGACGAGGCGCUGGAGGAGACCACACGGCUGAAGCACUCACUCGCCGAGCUGGAGCUGAAGCUCGCGCGCCUCGAGGCCCGUGUGCUCCCCUCUCCCACGGCCGCCGCCUUCCCCGUCGAGUCCUUCCUCCGGGCGGUCUCGACAGCGCGCGCCGCCGUGCGGAGCCUCACGCGCGCACUCUCCAAUCACCUCCGCAGCCCGGCGAAUCCCGGUCCGAACCUCGAGAGCUUCCUGAACCGCGCCUUCCACGCCGACUUCGAGCUCGACACCGAUGGCGACGUGCACACCGCGGACCCAGCGGGCCGCUGCGAGGCCAACCUCGCGGCGUACCACUCCAUCGCGGCGCUGACGUGGGAGGAGGUCCUCCUCCAUGGCACCAAGCACUACAGCGAGGGCCUGAGCCGAUUCUGCGACGCCAAGAUGAGCGAGGUGGUGUCCUCCCUCGGCUGGGCUCGCGCCCGCGCCUGGCCGGAGCCGCUGCUGCAGGCGUUCUUCCUGGCCGCCAAGGGAGUGUGGGGGGUGCGCCUCCUCGCGCGCUCCGUGCACCCUCCGCUGCCCGUGGUGCGCGUGGACCGCGGCGCGCGGUUCGACUCGCGGUUCAUGGAGGACGCGGCCGCCGGGCGCGCCGGGAAGCUGGAGCCGGCAAGCGUGAAGAUGAUGGUGGCGCCGGGGUUCCACGUGUACGUCGCCUGCGCCGGCGUGGUGAAGUGCAAGGUGGUGUGCUUCUACAGCAACAGCGGCCGCACCGGCGGCCACAGAGAUGGCGGGAGCAGCGCGAACGGGUCAGUGGGGUUGGGGAGUAGUAGUAGCUGUGGCGAUGUGAAUGGGAGUGCUACAGCGGACGUGGCGGACGGCUGUAACAAAUCAGAGCAGUAGCGUAGUCACAUAGGUAAAACGAACACGACCAAUUCUUUUUUACUGUAUUUUGUGUGGUAAAAAAAACUGGGCCUGCAUUGUGUGAAUACGGGUGACUCGUUCGUCACGAACUUGCUGUUGGUUUCGCUCGUGUAUGUAACUUGAUUUGAGUAAAGACAGUUUUUGUUUUCCCCCCGACCAAUCU